AUGAACCCAACUAUCUCUCGUCUGGUGGUCUCUGUUGCCCUCCUCAACGUGGUCUGGUGUGAAGCCUACUUCCCGCCCCAUGAGUAUUACUGCUCCAAGGAGGCCCUUCGACAUGGAUUCGAGUUCGGUCUCCGCUUCCCUCGAAAACCCGAAUGGUUCAGGGAUACCUUUGGCGUUCUUGAGUUCGGCAAUGUUGUCGUAUAUGGCAUCCCCUACAAGAAGUUCGAGAAGGGCGAAAAAUUAUUUGUUGCGCCCAGAAUGAAUUCCAUACAUUUCGUCCCUACCGCCAAGUCACAAAAUUGGACCGUUGAGAACUGGAAGCAUAUUCCAUAUGACAAUGAUACUGACAGCAUUACCAUUCAGCCGAGGAAAGGUGGCAAAGUGUUCACUUUGAGCCCGAACAACUGCCCCAUCAGAUGA